AUGGUUACGGUGAUAUCCCUUAGCGCAGGGGAGGAGACGGGUAGAGUGGAGGAGGAGAGAAGAGGAGGUGAGAGGACGAGAUCCAAAGGUCAGGUUAUUCCACCCCCGUCCCCGUUCCGCUUAGAGCUAGCUCAAGCAUGGGUGGGCCCCGUUCUCCACUUCACUCCACUCCACCCCACCCCUUCUCAUUCCACUCCGCUCCGCUCCGCUAUAUUCCACCUGAGAGUCGACCUAGUUCAGCCUCAGUUCAGCCUUGCUCGACCCCUCCACACAGCUCAAGACUACACCACACAACUCAAUAUGGCUGCUUCCAACGAGCCAUUCUACAUCCGCUACUACUCGGGACACCAAGGACGACACGGUCAUGAAUUUCUUGAAUUCGACUUCCGAGUCCUAGGAGACGGAAGAAGCGCUUCUGCCCGAUAUGCCAACAACUCCAACUACCGAAAUGAUUCCCUCAUCCGCAAAGAGAUGUGUGUGAGCUCCCUCAUGGUGGAUGAGAUCAAGCGCAUCAUUAAGACGAGCGAGAUCAUGAAGGAAGAUGAUAGCAAGUGGCCACAGAAGAACAAGGAUGGACGUCAGGAGUUGGAGAUACGACUGGGAAGCGAGCACAUCUCUUUCGAGACCGCUAAGAUCGGCUCCCUCGUCGACGUUACCGACUCUCAAGACCCCGAGGGCUUGCGCGUAUUCUACUAUCUCGUCCAGGAUCUCAAGGCGCUGGUGUUCUCUCUGAUAGCUCUGCAUUUCAAGAUCAAGCCUAUUUGA